GAGCUUUUCCCCUCCUUUGCUGUUUUGCUCUCUCUCUCUCUCUCUUGCAGUACUGCCUCCAGCAGCAGCUCUCCCACACCCUACCCCUCCUCCUCCAUCCUCCUUCCCUAUUUCAAUCUUAUCUCUUUCUUCUCCUUUCUACUUUCUCCAUUUCUAGGGUUGUUAAUUAACUCAGAAGCACUCCCACCCCCUUAUACAAGAAAAAAACCAAUUCACAGUCUGUGCACCCUCCUCUUUCCCCUUUUCUUCUCCUUCUUCUGAAUCAUCCAGUGAGCCAAAAAUUUGCAUGUGAGGUUAACUACAGCACAACAACAACUCCUCCUCUCAACAAUUCUUCCUUCUGUUUUUUCCUCUUGAGGGAAUAAUUAACCCAAAAGAAGGAGAAGCACAAGAAGAAAAAGAAGAAGUGAGAGAUGGCGACCUCUUCCUCAUCUUCGGUUCCAUUCUUCGGGAUGAGUAGGGAGGAAGUGGAUGAGCAGAUGAAGCAACAAGCCGCCGCCGCGAUUGGAGUUGGACUGGGAGUGGGAGGAGGAGGAGGAGGAUUGCAUAAUCAUAAUCAUCAUCAUCAUCAUCCACAUCACCACCUCCACCACCAACUCCUCCAGCAUUCGUCUUCCCUUUUGAGCAAUUCUCAGCUCACCACCGCCGGAGCACAGCAGCAGGCGCCUCCGCUGUCUGCCGCAAGCUCAGCCGCCGGUUCUGGUCCUCCUCAGCCCAAGAAGAAGCGGAACCAACCUGGAACUCCAAGCAAAUCCAGACGCGGAGGUGAUCGCGCUGUCGCCCAAGACCCUAAUGGCGACCAACCGGUUCAUCUGCGAGGUCUGCAACAAAGGGUUCCAGCGCGAGCAGAACCUGCAGCUCCACAGGCGAGGCCACAACCUGCCCUGGAAGCUGAAACAGAAGAGCAAGACCGAGAUACCGAAGCGGAAGGUGUACCUCUGCCCCGAGCCCACGUGCGUCCACCACGAGGCCUCGAGGGCGCUGGGGGACCUCACGGGGAUCAAGAAGCACUACUCCAGGAAGCACGGCGAGAAGAAGUGGAAGUGCGACAAGUGCGCCAAGAGGUACGCCGUCCAGUCCGACUGGAAGGCGCACUCGAAGACCUGCGGCACCAGGGAGUACCGAUGCGACUGUGGCACCCUCUUCUCCAGGCGGGACAGUUUCAUCACCCACAGGGCUUUCUGCGACGCCCUGGCUCAGGAGAGCGCCAGAAACCCUCCGCCCUCCCUCUCCUCCCUCGGCUCCCACCUCUUCGCCGGCGCCGGAGGACCAGCCAACAACAUGACCCUAGGCAUCUCCUCCACCGCUCAUUCCUCCGCCGCAGCCGACAUCCUCCGCCUCGGUGGAUCCACCACCGGCGGAGCCGGACAGUUCGACCACCUCCUCCCUCCUUCGACCACCACGACAACAACCUCGCAGCAGCAGUUCCCAAACCAGCCCCACUUGUCGCCUUCCUCCGCCGCUUUCUUCAUGCAACAAGAUCAGAACAACAGCUACCAGCCAUUCCACCAUACCCUAAUGCAGCAGCAGUUUUCCUCGGAUCCUAACAACGCGGCUGGUGGCGGCGCAGCCGCCGCCAACCAGCUCUUCAACCUAGGGUUCUUCCCCAACUCCUCCACCACCAACAACAACGCUACUCUCUUCACCAAUAAUAAUAACAACAACCACAGCGGCGGCGGCGACGAUCAACAUCAUCACCAGAUGAUGAUGGGAUCAUCCACCGGCGGCAGCGUCCCUCUCUUCAGCUCCUCCUCCUCCUCCGUCCACCAGCAGCAAAUGAACAACAUGGUGGCCCACAUGUCGGCCACGGCGCUGCUCCAGAAGGCGGCGCAGAUGGGCUCCACCACCAACUCCAACCCCAACGCCACCACCAGCGCCUCCCUCCUCAGAAGCGCAUUCGCCGCCGGCCCCAACCACAACCACAACCACAACAACCAAAAAUCGUCAUCGUCGCAAUCGUCAGGCGAAAAGCAGCAACACCCCCCACCGCCGAGCCUCGGAAGCUUCGGUGGCUCGUUCUUCGGCGACGUGGACACGAACAACGGCAGCAACAACCUCCACGACCUCAUGAUGAACUCCUUCGCCGCCGCCGCCGGCAACAACAACAACAUCAACAACAACUCGUCGUCUAUGUUCGACAUGGAGGAAGGGAACCACAACCAGAGCAGCGGCAACAACAACAACAAUAACGGUGGUGGUAACAACAAGAAGUUGACGAGGGAUUUCCUUGGAGUUGGACACGUGGCGGCGGCGGUCAGAGGCAUCGCCGGCACCGCUACCAGCAAUAUCUCUCAGAAUCAGCAGCAGCAGGUAGGGGCGGCGUUGGAGAGAAGCUCGUCGUUGGAUUCGGAGAGGAACAAUAACAACAGCAUGGGGAGUCACUCUUCUUUCGGGGGAAACCCUAGCUUCCAAUGAAAUCAUGAAAAGUCAACCAUGCACUGGAAAGCAGGAUAUAUGAUGAUGACGACCAUGUUGGCGCAAAAGGAAUCGAGGAAGAAAAGAAAAUAGAGAGAAGGGAAAUACAAUGAAGGGAAUGAUGGUAGUAAUAAUGUAUGCGAGGAUCGAAUAUUAUGAGGCUGGCAAAGGGGAGAGAGUCACGAGAGUUGGUCCUUCCUUAGGAUUCCCUUUGGUCCUUCAACUUCUUCUUGUUCGAGCAUGAUAGAAUGUCGUAUGUGUCUCCCCUUCCCCACUCCCACUUGGGAUUUUUUGCCAUGUUCAGGGUAUUUUCUUUACUUCAAAUGAUUUAUUCACGACUCACAUGUGUGUCUAGCCAACUUAAGUGCUCAUUUGUAGAAUUGAAAUAUAAAUAUGUAGAUUGC